GUAGCGCGUCAUUGACGUGCGACGUGAAGGUGACCGCGGUCUGAGCGAGAAGCCGCUGCCGCCGCCGCCGCCGCCGCCAUGUUGUCCCUGGCCGCCCGCUCGGGGCCUUUCGCCUCUUCCCUUUCGGCCGUGGCGCACGCCGUGCCGAGCCCGCUGAAGCCGCUGGCGCUGGGCCUACCUCCGGCGGCCGCCAAACUCCCAGCGCUGGACUCGAAGCAGCCCCUGCUAUGCCGGGAGUCGUUGAGCGGGCAGGCCGCCCGGGGGAGCCUCGUCGUCUCGGCCAGCCUCAAUGCUCCUGCUAGUGUGCGUUACGUCCACAACGAUGUCACGGUGCCCGACUUCUCUGAUUACCGCCGCACCGAGGUCUCGGACCCCGAGAAAUCGUCUCAAGACAGCAGCGAGACCAGGAAAGCCUUCUCCUACUUUCUCACGGCAACAACCUGCGUGGCCUCCGCGUACGUCGCGAAGAACGCUGUCACACAGUUUGUCACCAGCAUGAGCGCUUCUGCUGACGUGCUAGCCAUGUCGAAGAUCGAGAUCAAGCUGGGCGACAUCCCGGAGGGCAAGAACAUGGCUUUCAAGUGGCGAGGGAAGCCCUUGUUCGUGCGCCACAGAACCCAGAAAGAGAUAGAGCAAGAAGCCCAGGUCCCUUUGACUGAGUUGCGAGACCCGCAGCAUGAUCUAGACCGAGUGAAGAAACCCGAGUGGGUGAUCCUGAUAGGGGUGUGCACCCACCUUGGUUGUGUUCCCAUAGCAAAUGCUGGAGAUUUUGGCGGCUAUUACUGCCCUUGCCACGGGUCGCAUUAUGAUGCCUCCGGCAGGAUCCGAAAAGGCCCAGCUCCCCUAAACCUCGAGGUCCCAGACUAUGAGUUUCCUUCUGAGGACUUAGUGAUUGUGGGUUGAACUGCCGGGAGUCUGCCGCCGCCUCUUGUCUGUGUACGCCAGAGACCGAUGUAACGUAAAAACCAGUUGAGUUGUAAGGUAACGCCAAACUGUCCAGAUUCUCUGUUUAGCGCUUGGAGUUUCUCGGCCAGUUUCAAUAAAGGAUUAAACGGA